AUGGCAAGCGGAGAUGCCCCAGUCCACCUGCUCUCCCUCAAGGUUAUGCGGGUCUCAAGACCCGCAUUAUCCAGUGCAUGGGAGCCCUUCUACUCGAGUUCCCCCUCAUUCUCGGCGCGCUCUACGGCCCUGAUAACAUCGCUGCAAGGCAAAGCACCGCUGGCGACGCAUCCGAAGACCCUCAGAGAUCUCACCCAUGCGGGCGAACUGCUAAUGCUCCCCGCGUCCUUUGGGUCGAUCCAGUUGGGGGAGACGUUCAGCAGCUGCCUGUGCGCCAAUAAUGAUACGCAAGUCGACGUCGACAGCGUCACGGUCAAGGUCGAGAUGCAGACCGCUACGACCAAGGUGACGCUGGGGGAGUUUGGCGGCCCUCAGUAUACUCUGGCGGCAGGGGAUACUCUUGAGUGUCUGGUCACCCAUGAAGUCAAAGAACUCGGCCAGCACGUCCUGUCUGCAACCGUAUCAUAUCGUCUUCCCCCCAAUGCUCGCCCACCUGUGCCAGCAGAGGAUCCCGAUGAUCCUCAGAUGCAACAUUUCCGCAAGUUCUACAAGUUUGUUGUCACCAACCCGCUGUCGGUCAAGACCAAGGUGCACACUCCCAAGUCGCCAUCAGCGCAGCUGUCUACGUCGGAACGAGACAAGAUCUUCCUCGAGGUGCAUAUUCAGAACCUUACCCAAGAACCGCUAUGGUUCGAGCGUAUGCUCCUCGAACCCGUUGAUGGCUGGGACGUGGAAGACACGAACCUAGGCAGCACUGAAGAAGAUGGCAUAUUCACUGGCACCACCGCCCUUAUGGGCCCGCAGGAUAUGCGCCAGUACAUUUACAUCAUGUCGUCCCAAUCGCCGCCCAGAAUACCCGUCGUACACAGUCCGGGGAGUAUUAUACCCCUAGGGCGUCUCGACAUCGCCUGGCGGUCCUCCUUCGGCGAGCCAGGGCGACUGCUGACGUCCAUGCUUUCUCGUCGUAUACCCUUGCCGCCUGCCCCGCCACCGGUCGCACCGCCAGUGUCUGCCGUCCCGCCGUACCUCAAGCGCGGCGCAACAGGCUCCAUACCCUCCCGCCCCUCCUCACCCGGCCCGCCCAGCAGGCCUGGAUCGCCUGCACCCCGCGUCCGCACCAACUCGGUCGUCUCCCUCACUUCACCCCGACCGCAAACACCUCCGCCUCUUCCUACUGCCACCUUCCCCACCGCGCCCGACCUCGAACCUAGUCUGAUCGUCCGCAAGAUCCCGCGCGAUACCAUCGAGGUAGAGAAGCCCUUCACGAUCGCGCUGACGCUCGCCCUGCACGCGCCCGCGACCGCGGAUGCUUCGUGGUCUCAACGGCGUGUCCGCGUCGUCGUGCAGCACCUGUUAGCACCGAAGGCGCCGCCGCCUGCUACUGUGCCACCCAUUGCGCCGAUGGCGUCGGUCAGCGAAUUGGCGAGCCCGCGUAUCGCGUCGUCGGGGCUAUCGACACCGACAGCCGCGACGGCGACGCAGACCUUCAACUACGAGCUCGCGAGGCAGAAGCUGCUCGUCGCCUCACCGGCCGGCUCUCAAGCAGGCGACGCGGGCGAGCCGACGGAGGGUGUAGCGUUGCCACCACCCUACGCUUUGGAAUCCCGCCGCGACUCCAGCGUCGUCUACUGUGGGCCGUCGGCGGUGUGCCUCGCGCCGAUGGUGCUGAAGCUCGACAAUGAGAGCGUUCCGGGGGAGAGGCUAGCCUACGCGGAACAGGACUUCGACCUCACCUUCGUGCCCACGAAGCGGGGGUUCUCUACCGUGGGCGCCCUCCGCGUCCUCGUCGUCGAGGACCGCACCGUCAGCAACGACGCCUCCGACGAAGGCGACCUACCGAACCAGGCGCUCGAAACGGCGAAGACGCUGAAGGAGUGGGAUACUAUUGCUGAGAUCUGGGUGUAA